AUGCCUACACUACUCCCUACUUCAACGCUGCCUCUUCCCUCCGGAAAAAUCCCAGUGCUAGGCUUUGGCACCUGUGCUAGUGCGACAUGCACUCGAUCUGCCCUCCACGCCGUAAAGACCGGCUACAAGCAUCUGGACACGGCGCAGAUCUACGCCAAUGAAUCCGAAACAGGUGAAGCCAUUCACCAAAGCGGGAUUUCACCAUCCGAGUUGUUUGUAACCUCUAAACUCUGGGAAGACGGAUAUACUCGUGAGGGCGCAGUCGCGGGGGUCAAACAGUCCUUGUCCAAACUCGGUCUCAAAUCGAUCGAUCUAUACCUCCUCCACACGCCUCGUCCAGGUCGUGAGAAGCGAAAAGAAGCAUGGCUGGGGCUCCAAGAUGCCCUUGAUCAAGGUCUCGUGAAGAACAUCGGCGUGUCGAACUGGGCGCCUAAACACAUCGACCAACUGAUGGUUGAAGAGGGCGUGCAUAUCGCUCCGUGUGUUAACCAGAUCGAAUUACAUCCGUGGAAUCAGCAACGUAGACUGGUAAAGUAUUGUCGAGAAAAGGGGAUCGUCGUUGUGGCCUACUCUCCUUUAACACAGGGCAGACGAUUAGGGGAUUCCACGAUCGCAUCGGUGGCCCAGAAAUAUCAAAGAACCCCAGCGCAGGUCGUUCUCAGAUGGGCACUCCAGAAGGGUAUCGUCGUAAUACCAAAAAGUGACAAGGAAGAGAGGAUUGAGGAGAACAAGGAUCUGUUUGGGUGGGAGAUCUCAGAUGCAGAUGUAGAAGCCAUUGAUGGCCUUGACGAAGGGCAACGGGCUAAUAUAGGGGAGUGGGAUCCUUACGCAUGGGACUGA